AUGCCCUUACCUGGCUUGAAUGGUGAGAGUAUACCAAGUCCACAGGACGAAUAUUGGUGUAAAAACGACAACGUCAACUUAUACAAUGAAAUCCAAAAGCUCAAGCAACAGCGGGUGGCCAACCAAUCCACAUACAAGCAACAACAGAAUACUAAUAACUAUACGCAUCAAUCCCAGGUUAGACAGGAGCAUUAUUUUUAA